AUGACUGGCACUGGAACACCCCCGAGUAGUGUGCCAACAGCAUUCCCGGAUCCCAAGGAUGAUGGAAUAGCAGACUUCGGCGACUUUGUGCGCACUGAGGCUGAGGAGCUAGAUCUCGAAGAGGUUGUCGAGCCCUGGCAUAAGUACAAGCAUAAAGUCGGCCAUGGAGGCUUCUCUACUGUCUGGAUGGCCCGUGAUCUUCAGAGCGAUAGGGAUGUAGCCCUCAAGGUUAUGUCUUCGGGAGAAUAUGGGGAGAAUGAAAUCCAGAUGCAAGACACAAUCGUCCAGAAUGUGCAGGAUACCUCCCAUCUUGUGACGUACUUAUCGACCUUUCAGCUGCCUGGUGACAAGUGCCAUCAUAGGGUUCUAGUAUUACCCUUGAUGGGCCCAUGUCUCUACCCUGUUAUCCUGAGAACAAUGUCCAUGGCCAGUCGUAUGUCCGCUGCACGGCAAUUGCUAGGGGCCUUGGAAAAUCUACAUAAAGCCGGUAUUGUACACCGUGAUCUAAACGACAGGAACUGUAUGUGGGGGAUGGUUCCACUCCAUACCCUCAAUAGAAGAGCUAAAUAUGAGGCACUUGGCCGGCCGCUUAAGCAAGCUAUACCAUUUGUGGAGCUCUGGAAGCAGGGAGAGCUUGUUCGGCCUAUUCAAAACCCGGAGGCCUUACGUACAGAUGACUUCUAUCUUGGGGAUUUUGGUCUGGCGAUGAAGCUGGGCGAUCCCACAUAUCAACGGGGUUAUCCACCUAUGCAAUUCUGCUCCCCAGACCGACUUCAUAAGACAGAACCAAGUUUUGCCUGUGAUAUGUGGAGUUACAUGGUCAUCUUCGCAGAGCUUUACCUUGACUAUCCGCCUUUCGCCACCUGGAUUAAGGGUGGGAUUAUAGCUGGUAUGGUCAGGUGUUUAGGUCCGCUACCGGAGCAAUGGAAGGGACUUUACAAUCACCCCGGAGGCCUUGAUUCCUGGUACGACCAGCAUCAAAUGCCCGAUCCAAAUCAUGACCAUGCGGCGACUAUCGCAUACUUUCGUCCCGACGUUGAUCCAGUUGAGCGAGAACAUGUGCACUCUAUUAUGUCUAAAGUAUUUACUUAUUGCCCAGAGAAACGUCUCACUGCAACAGAGCCUCUACAGGGUCGUUCAUUCAGAGCCAUCAUGGAUACAUAUGGUUGUUGA